AUGGAUUCCUCGUAUCUCCUAGUUUGCCUUUUAAAUGCAUUUUUAUCCUACACCGCCACCAUGUUAAACAUUGUUACAAUCCACGCCAUAAGAAAAACUCCGUCCUUGUCAAAGAAUUUAAAAACAUUGCUCCUGAGUCUGGCUGUUUCUGACCUUGGUGUUGGUUUACUAGCUCAGCCAAUGACGGUGGUAGAUCUUAUCUCUACGAACUUGAACGAAAAUAAUGAAACUGGUGAGACUUAUAAUGCCAUGCAUAUUGCGUUUCUCCUUCCGAUGAAUUUAUUUACUUUCGCGACGCUGUUUCUCGUCAUUGUUCUCUGUGCUGAUAGAUUUAUAGCCAUUCAAUAUUACCUUAGAUAUCAAGAACUUGUGACACACAAGCGAGUUGUUGCUGUUGUCGUCUCAAUUUGGGUAUUAAGCGGACUGUUUUCGUUGACGAGGCUGUGGAUCCCAAAGAGUAUGCAAGUGGUUUUUGGCAUUACAGUACUUGCAUGUGUUAUUGCUGCGACUUUCUUCAGUGUCCGAAUUUAUUUCUCCGUGCGUCGCCACCUAAACCAAAUUCAAGUGCAGCAGCUACAACAAGCAUCGCAGAACGGACAAAUGGCUAGCGUUACAAGGCUGAGGAAGGUUGCCAUCAUGGCAGUUUACGUUUGUCUCGUGGUGCAGGUUUGCUAUCUGCCACAUAUUUGCAGUACAUUUGCUGUUGCCUUCACGUCUGUAUCAAACACCGCUGUAGAACAUUUAUAUUAUUAUACUCUGACCCUGUCGUUUCUGAAUUCAUCGCUCAACCCACUGAUCUACUGUUGGAAGAUGAAACACGUCCGAAAUACGAUCAUUGGCUUAUUACGAAAAGCAUUUUCAUCGCAGAACUGA